CACAUUUUAAAUUUUGUCAGAUGGCAGCACUAUUCAUUCGAAAUGUUAUAGAUGAAAGAAUUUUAUUCUAUUUUACUGAAUAAGAAAAAUGGAUGGAACAUUGAUUUACCAAGUUAAAAUUUUUCUACUGAUUUGGUUUGGAUUCAUAAAAUGGACAUCAUCGUGGGAUAGAGGCUGCGGUGAGUUAUUUCGAACUACAUAUCCCUGCUUAAUGCUACAUAAGGGAUGUAAAUUAAUCCAAAGUACUAGGCAAGAUAAAGAUUGGUGUCGCAACAACAAUGGAGGAUGCCAACAUUUAUGUGAAAAUCACAUGUUUGGACCAAAAUGCAAGUGCAGAAAAGGAUAUCAAUUAGGAUCAGACGGAAAAUCGUGCAAUGAUAUUAACGAAUGCUUACUCGCUGAUACAUGUCCUCGGUAUACAAAGGCCCUUUGUAUCAACUUACCUGGUAGUUACAUUUGUAAAUGUCCGAAAAAUUUAAAUAUGUUAGGUGAAACAGCAGUAAUUAAUGACAAAAAAGAGAUUUUUAUCAAAUGUGUAGCUCGCUAUUGGUGUAAUGAAAUCUGCCAUCAUUAUUGUACUAUUUCUGGAAAAUCACCGUAUAAAUGCCAAUGCUUCGAUUAUUAUCGUUUACAAAAUAGCACUUGUGUUCCUAGUUGCGGUGUUAACGAUGGAGAAUGUCAAAAAUAUUGUUAUAAUACUCCGACCGGAACAACAUGUAAAUGUGAUAAAGGAGAACAACUGGCAGCAGAUGGAAAAACAUGCAAAGGUGCUCCUUCAGAAGAAGCAUUUAAUGCUCAAAUUAACGUCACAGUUGAAUGCAAUAUACCGAAUACAGGUGAGAGAUAUCCGGAGACAUUGGUACUUAUUUACAAUACAGAACGUUUAAGACUUAAAGGUGAAGUAUGCCUAACGUAUGAACUCGAAGUGAAGCCAAAAGAAAAAUAUCGAGCCCUUCAAUAUUAUGUAGAGGCAUUCGAAAAUCCUCCUUUUAUAUCUCGUGAAGACAAAGUUAUUGUAACAAAUGCAAAAAAAUUAUACGAAAGAAGAAUUACAAUUCAAAAUAUAGAGAAAAAAUUUGCAAUCCGUAUAAAAGCAGAAAUAAAUGUCAAUGUGGUAUCUUAUUUAAGGAAUAUUACUUUAUAUCCAGGAAACUGCAGAAGCGGAGGAAAACAUGCCAGAUAGGAAAAUCGGUCGAGAUGAUUACAUAUCGACCAGAUUCGUGAUUAGGCUGAAAAUGUGGAAAAGCGAGAUGGUUUUUUAAAGGAAAAGAAACUGAAAUCAAUGAAGCGUCGGUGGUACAGAGACACCUAUGCACGAGGUUAGAAGAGGUAAAGUCUCCAACCCAGAGUUAGAAUUGCCUACAAUGGAGGACCAGCUGUCGAACGAAACUGCAGACGACAACCAGAACCGACGUGAACGCCAUCUCUUUAUACCAUCUGUUCUGGUCAACAUGGAUUUCAUUAAAGUCGCCUUAAAUUUCGAUAUGAAAAAAAUGAGAUUCGAGUGGAAAUGCGGUUCGAAGAAUUUGGUCGACUCAGAUUUGGAAACUAACAAGUAAGUUUUGAUUGAUAAGCUUUCACUGUUUAAACUCAUUUUAAUAAUAUUAAAAAAAUGUUAUAAUGAUAUCGAUUCUAUAUGAGCACACCGUUAUGUUUACUUUUACUCUCUUCGUGUGUGUGUCUUUUCUCUGCAAGUCUUCCUAUUUUAUGCAACUCUUUUCUACUUAAAAGUUACUUAUAUAUAUAAAAUAAUCCAAAAAUUUUAUAUUUUUACUAAUGAAAGUCUUUAGUUAUAAAAGCUUCUAAUUUUCUUAUUGUAAUAAGAAUGGUUUCUUCUGUCAUUUUUACUAUCACUUCUCCUCUGCCACGUUGCACUUAGUAACACUAAGUCAGAUUUCUUUUCUGAAGUACAAAGAUGCAGAAAAUAACUCUGGAUCAAUAAGCAGUGGCGCCAAAGCUAGUGGGUGACCUCCUUUUACUUUAGUAGAGAUGACACUAGCCGAAAAUUUUGGAUGUAUAAUUGUAUAAAAGAAGCUUUUCUCCACAUUUUCAUCAUGAUACGACAAAACGACAAUAUCGAUCGUGUUGCUCAUACAUCAAUUCGACGAUUUUUGUGCUAUAAUAAAAGAAUCCAAAUAUAAUAUUGCAACGAUUUAAUACGAUACUGAUAAUGUAUACCAAGUUCGACUUACUUUAAUUUCUUGUGAUUAAAAAAUUGAUCUUUUACCACUUUUAAAUGCAAUUUAAAAAUUUCUUGGAAAUUGGCUCCUUGCCCGUUAAGGCCGCACGGUACCGGUUGUGCUUUCAUGACGAUACAUUCUAUUUCCAUAAUUCAAAAAAAGAAAUUCCUUUCCCCAGUAACUCCAUGGAUAUUUUAAAAGUUAUUAAAAUUUCAACCAUAGGAGAAAGUAAAGCUACCCAGAGCAUAUGGCGGAUAGAAGUUUUUAUAACUUUUUAAAUGAGUUAAAAUCCAUUAAGCGGAUCACAAAUUCUUUUCUUUUGCGAUAAACAACUUACCCUGCCAUCUAUGAUUGAAAUAGGUAAGGAAGAUGGAGAAACAAUGGACUAUCUGAAAUUUAAUAAAAAUUCAAACGCAUCUUUAUUUAAUUUCCUUAAUCAGAAAGCAACGUUGAGAGAACUAAGUGAAUAAAAUAAGGAUGAAAACUAUCUUCUUUCCAUUUAUCAUCUCUGCAAACCAUCCGCAUUAUUCUAAUCUCCUCUAUAGCGAUGGCUAACUCGUCCUAGAAAAAAAAGCUCGGCGACGCAAAGAAAAUAGUUUCGAGGUCACGUGAUUUCUCCCACGUGGUACUCGAUCGAAGUACUUUAUCGAUCUAAUGACUCCUCUAAAUAUUUCCAGUUACUUCAACUACAUUAAACUUGUAAUUAUCAUUAAGAUAGAAAGAAGCGAUCUUUAAUAAGAAUACAAUAGUAAUUAUGUUUUAAGAAUGUUUCAUUUCCGUACGGAGAGAACCUAUUUCCUGAAAUUUAUAAAUCCUGGAAAAAAUGACAUUUAAGAAUUUAUGUUUAUUUGCAAGAAAAUUGAAAUCAGGUGUAGUUGUUGGUCUGCAGGUAAGCGAUCGAAUGUUUGAAAGGGCGGUAUCAACGGGACAUCAGACCCAAACCGUUAUUCUAAUGGCCUAGUUUUCCCGCCAUGCACCAUGAGACAAAAUUGACAAACGACUGCAACCAGUUCAGUAAAGUCGGCUUGCAUGAGGAGUGCUGCUCGCUUUAGCGUCAGAACAUGAUCAUUACUGUAGCGGAAAGUAUCGAAAAUUUUAUCGGGUAAGAGUAAAAUCUUUUUCAUUUUUAAUGAAAUUUUAAAUUUAUAUACCUGUUAAUCAUACUUUGCAGUAUUUUCGCCAAGUGUUAUUAUUAUUUUAAAAAUUCUAUAAAGUAAACGAAACUUAAUCACUUCUCUGCAUAACAAUUAACUAUGCGGGAAAGUAAGACGUA